AUGGCAUCAGCUCUGUCAUCUUCAGUUUCUUCUCUUCGUGCAUCCUUGCAGCUACUUGAAUCUUCAAUUGAUAUCCUUGAUGAAGGUGUAAACGAUUUCCCCCGCCUCUGCAAAGUACUUCAAUCUACAAGACACUUCGAAUUACUCCCUGAACCGACUUUGAAAGAAGCACAGCAAGCCAUUGUGGACGAAAUCACACCCAGUAUUUCUCAUCUUAUCACACUGGCGUCAAACCACACCGACAAGCUCGCGCGCCGACAGGAGGCGUUGAAAGCCAAAGCUGAGCUGCAAGAGGGGCGUUUAUACCACGAACCAGGACCCUCUUCUAGCGGGAGCAUGCAUCAUGAAAGAAAAGGAGUCUACUCUGCUUCUAUGGCUGGUGGUGCCGCUGGAGGCAAAGCCGCUGAACUACGCAGGCUAACACAGAAAAAAGAACGCCUACAGUAUGCUGUUGACCGAUUGGAACUGCAAUCAAAACAACGUGAACGUCAAUUAAGGAAAAGCAUGGCUGCUUCUUGA